AUGUCCUCACUCGACCCUGUCAUGGCGCAAUCUCCUCAUCCUGUGGCCUCAGGUCGAUCCUCCCCUUCGCAAUCCACGCACGCGUCCAGUCCUCCGUCGGCCUCUGUCGAGACUCUCGUAUCAUACUUGGUCGCUGCUAAACGAUCUCUCGGCAGCAUCCAUCUCGUCCACCGGGCCACCACCAUCCUCACCGAAGCACGUGCCUCGAUCGAGGCUACCACGGCCCUCCUCGCCAAAGCCACCUACCUUCGCCGCUCCGUGGCCUCUCAGUUGAAGAUUCUACGCGGGGUCCAGCUCGAACUAGAGACUGCUGCCCAAGGUAUUCAACACGAGUUUCAGACCGUGAUCAAAGAGCUGGACGAGACCGGUGCAAGGCUGCUGCAAUCAAUAGAUCUGUUGAAGCAGACGAGAAUUGAAGAUGCUUUCAAAACUUCGGCUGGGGGAGCGGCGGAUGAUGGCCCGAUUAAGGAGACCUUGCAUGAUUUCGUGGACGACAGUGCUGUCGAAACGAUCAAACAAGCCAUGGAAAUUGCCAUAGACAAUGUACAACACGCGCAAAAUGAAAUAGGCCACUCUAUUCAAACGUUGGAAGACGAUCUACAAUCCAUCAACGAAGUCCUCAACGGCAGAGGAGAGCUCUCUAGCACAGACAGUGAAUUGCAGCAGCCCACUCCCAUCGCUGGCAUCCUCGCACUAUUGGAGGACCACGCCCGUAUAAUGGCAGAGGAGCUCGAAAGCUUAGUCAAACACUUCGAUCUCUGCGUCACGGCCAUCAAACACACAGAAGGAGGCGGCGAAGCAUUAUUUCAGACCAUGAAUACCGGCGAGGGAGUCGACCUCCCGGACGCGGUGGGCCUGGGUAUGGACGAGCUUCGCGCCCCCACGCAGCCUAUGAACGAGGAGGAACGCCUGGAGAUGCUGCAGGUUCUUGAGAAUGACGCUCAGGAGGUGGAUGAAGUGGUCAUGGAACUCCAAGAUCGCAAUGCCGAGAUGGAAGCUCAGCUCGACAAAAUCCAUCAAUGGUGCGAACGGCAAGAAAACGCCUACGCGGACGUCGCAACAGCGUUCAAACUCCUCGAAAAGAUCUCGGGGCGGCUAUCGGGGUAUGUGGCCGAGAUAGCCCGGCACGCGCUGAAGUGGAAUGAAGAGAAGGCCAAGAUCGAAGAUGGCAUUGGCGGGAUGGAGGACCUUUGCGAGUACUAUGCUAAUUUUCUCCACGCUUACGACGGCUUAAUCGUCGAAGUCGCCCGACGACGGACUGUUAAGAAACAGAUGGAGAGAGUGGUAGCGGAGGCGCAUGCUCAGCUGGAGCAGAUGUACGAGUCGGAUCAGCAGUUGAGGCAGGAGUUCAAGAACGACUUGGGCGAGUAUUUGCCGAGUGACAUUUGGAGUGGCAUCAAUACUUUACCGCCCAGAUAUUCUAUCGCGAGCGCCGAUGAGGAAGAUGUUGGGAGUGUACCUGAGCUGCCGAGACGGACAGUCGAAGAGGCUUUGCGGAGGUUGAAGGUUGGCGGAGGUGGAAGAAGCACCAGAUGA